AUGGCGAGCACGAUGGCGGGCGAACAUGCUGAACUCAAAUUUUUGACUGCUGUCCUGAGCUCGGCAGAAAUCGAUUCGGUGCCGCAAAAUGUUCGAGAAAAGCUUGAAGCCCUUAUUGAUUCGAAGGAGACUGCUCAAGAUGGGUUGAAGACCAAACUGGAGAAACUUAAAGUGAAUUCUGAACAACGCUACUUUGAGUUAGAAAAACAGCUGAUUGCAUCCAGCUCCAAGUUGGAGUCGUCACUUGGCAGUGUUGACGAACUGAAGGCUUCAAAUGCGCGACUCGAGGAGCAGCUCCGGCAGAGCAAAGAGGAUUUGGCCAGCAUCCGGGACUCGAGCGAGGGCAGCAACCUCAGUUACAAGCAGCUGAGCCGCAACGUGGAACUCCUGGAGUACGAGAAGGGCGAGCUGCUGAAAGUCCUGGAGCGCAAGAACCAAGAGAUCAGCCGACUCAAUGAUGACUGGAAGGCCAUGUCUGGCAAGCUGGCCGAAGCCAAUGCGGCAAAGUGCAACUUGCAGGUUCAAAUCGACGAGCUGCAGAACCAGGACAUGUCCACCAAGUACCGUGAGAAGCGCUUGGAGCAAGAGAAGGCUCACCUCAGCUCGCAGAACGAGUGGCUGAGUCAGCAGCUUAAGGCCAACACGGAUGAGCUCUUGGUCUUGAGAAAAGAGAAGUCCAAUCAGAUCCUGGAGCUGCAAGGGCAACUGAACGAGCGGCUGGACGAGAUGAAGCAUCUGCAGGAAUCGGCCGAGGCCUACAAGGCGACAAACAAGGACCAGGAGGCCAGAAUCGAGGAGCUGGUUGUAAAGAUGAAGGAGAAUAAUGAAGCUUAUGCCAAGAGUGAGGAGCAGUUCCGUGGUGAGCUCAGUGCCCAGAGCAAGCUGUCAACUCUGUUUGAGAAAAGUGCGGCGGAAGCCCAGGACAAGGUGCGGGAGCUGAUCACCGCCGUGGAGGAGCUGCAGAAGCUGCUGGGCCAGGCGAGCACCUCGCAGGAGGAGCUGAAGACCCGCAUGCAGGAGAUGGCCGGGGAGCACACGGCCCAGGCGACGGAGCUGAAUGAGAAGAUUGCCCAGCUGGAGAAGGAGUUGGAGGAUGCCAACGAUCUUCUGGACGCCGCCAGGAGGAAGGGCGUGGUCAUGAAGAUGUCAGACGAAGAACUGAACAGUCUCUCCCCAACCGCUGCCGCGGCCAGCAGCUUCUUGAAAUCCGGAUUGACGCUAACUCAGAUGUACAGCGAGUACGUCAAGUGCUCGGAUGAGCUGGAGGUAGAGAAGGCAGAGAACCAGCGACUGAACUCCUACCUGGACCAGAUCCUGGUGGAAAUUGAAGAGAAAGCUCCCAUUAUGCAGAAGCAGAGAGAUGACUAUGAGAAGGCGUUGCAGACGACCAAUCAGCUAUCGGCACGGCUAGAUGCAAACCUUGUUGAGUGUGAACAGUUGCGCGUAGCUACAGAUGAGGCCGAACGUCGAGCCAGUAUGUCGGCCCGGGAGAUUGUACGCCUCAAGCAGCAGUGUACGGACUUGGGACACCAGGUCCGUGUCUUGUUGAAGGAGGUCCACGAAGCCAAGGGAGGUCCCAUCAGACCGGACCUCAACGUCUCCUCUCCCGAUGUCUCCAGCUCCUCCAACGUCAUCAGCGAACAUCUUGUCUCCUUCAGGAGCAUUGAAGAGUUGCAGGCCCAGAACGAGAAGCUCCUGGCCUCGCUGCGAGAGCUGAGCGAUAAGAAGGAACAGGAGGAACAACUCACCAUCGAGAGCAAGACAGCCGGGCUAAGGCAGGAACUAGACAGCGCCUUGCAGGACAUCCAGGAGAUGAGAGAGGCACGAGCCCGACAGACGGAGAUGGUGGAGGCCAUCGUCCGGCAGAGGGACAUGUACCGGGUCCUCCUCCAGCAGAGUGGGACCACUCCCCCUCCGAUAUCCCUUGUCAAGUUGACCAGUCCGAUGGCCUCCCCUGCCUUUGGACCACCGGCGGCGACUACCCCAGACACCCAGCAAGACAGCCUGCCGGUCAGCACAGCUCCUGCCACUGAGGUCAAGGACACGGCCAGGGAAGCGAUGAAGACGCUGCAGGAGGAAUUUGAGACCUACCGAAAGGAGAAGGCUGAGAAUGAAAAGUUACUCAACGAGCAGCUGGAGACAAUGCGGAAGGACGUGUCUGAUCUCAGAGUGCAGAAUGCCCAACUCACCUCUCAGCUUGAUUUUGCCGGUGAGCGGUACAAGAUCCUCCAGUCUAAUGUGGACGGGUACAAGAAGGAGAUUGCGUCCCACAGGGACAAGAGCCAGAAAUACUCGGCAGAACUCGUCAAGAACCAGCAGAGAAUCAACUCACUCACACAGGACCUGAUGGCCGCCAACGAGAAACUGACUAGAGCAGAAGUGGCCUGCAAGAAUCUGACGGAUGAGAGAGACCUCCUCAAGGGGGUGGAGGCCAGACUACUCCAGGAGAAAGAGAGCAUGCAGAGGGAGCACCGGAGCCAGACCUUGCUGCUGACAAACUUGGAAACCAUCCAGAACAACCUGGAGAGGUCGGAGUUCGAGAGCAAAGCCAGGCUGACCAAUCAGAUGGAGGCAAUGGAGCGCGAACUGAACCUGCUAAGACGGCGAAUAGAAGGCGAAAACGACCAACACCGCGUGGUGCUCAAGACAUGGGAGGGUCGGGUACAGAGCCUUCAGCGACAGCUGAACCACGAGCUGGACAACCACCAGAAGACAAGGGAAAGCUUGAACAAGACAAAGACUGACCUCCAGCACAUGAAGGAACAGUGUUCAUCCGUAGAAGCCCAGCUGGUAGCAGCUCAGAUCAAGUACGAGAGUGCUCUAAAGGAUAAAAAUGAAGCCCUAGCCUCCAGGUCCCAGCAGACUGUGGUCGUGUCCAGCAACGAAGAGGAGGUCCGAGAGUUGAAGACCAAGCUCAGGAUGGCCGAAGACCAAGUCAAAGUUCUGAAGGACCAAGCGGAAAAGUCCAAGAAGCAUCUGGAGCAGUACAAGUCCAUCAGCGCAGCCAUCGAGACUAGCCUGAAAGAGCAGAGCCUGGCUGCCCAGACUUAUAAGGAGAACAUGGAGAAACGCUUGGAGGAGACCACACAAGCUCGCGAGCAGCUUGAAAAGCAAGUCAUCGAGCUGGUGAAGGAACGAGACGAGAUGCGCAGCGAGAAGGAAGAACUCAGCGAAGCCGUGGCAUCACAGACAAGCGAACUGCGUCGCAACCUCCUUCACGUCCAAGAGGAGCUGACCUUGGCCGUCCAACGGAAGACCGAUGCAGAGACAAACGAGGCCACGGCCCGACAAGAUUGCCAGGAGCAGGCCAAACUGGCCAAGGAGGCUCAGGAUAAGUAUGAGCGAGAGUUUCUGCUUCACGCCGGCGAUGUACAGCAGCUGGUCACCGUGAAAGACCAGUUGGAGAGCCUGAAUGCCAAAUUGGCUGAAGUAGAGGAGAGGGCCACGAAAGCCGAAGACACUCUGAGCUCAUCAAAGGCUGGAUGGGAGGAACAGUCGCGGAUCCGAGCCAACGAACUGGAACAGCGAGCCACGACCUGCCAGGAACUCACUCAACAGAACACACUGCUGCACCAACAACUGGAAGAGUUGAGCGCUCGGAUGAUGCAAAGUCCACUGCAGCAGCAGAAGGAGUCUGUGGACGGCAGCCUGCGCCUGCCCGACGAGAACAAGUCGUCAGAACAACUUCUUGAAGUUAUCAAGUUCUUGCGACGGGAAAAGGAAAUUGCAGAGACGCGUUCGGAGCUGGCUCAGUCAGAGGGCCUUCGUCUCAAGCAGAGGUGCGAGCAUCUGGAGCGACAGUACGAGGAGGCCCAUCGCAACCUGACCGGAGAACGGGAACGGACUCAGGUGAUGGCCCAGACCACCGCCAAGCACCAGGAGCUCCUGAAGAAGGUGGAGACGCUGAACGCCUUGACCGACAGCAACCGGAUGCUGAGAGAGGAGAAGGACCGGCUGGACCAGCAGGUGCAACAGCUGGAGGCUAAGGUCAGCCAGUUGGAGGCCAACAUCCAGCCCCUGCAGGACCAGAAUCGCGAGCUGACGGCCGAGCGGGAUGCCCUGACCACAGACAAGACCAGCCUGACCAUCGAGGUGACCCGAUGGAAGCAGCGCACCAAUCACCUCAUUGAGCAGUGCAACAGGGCUGACCCAGAAGAGCAGAAGAAACUGCUUGCUGAGAAGGAUGCCAACAAGAAAACCAUCAGCUCCCUUCGAGAGGAAAACCUGAGACACAAAGCUGAGCUGUCUAGACUGAAUGCACAGCUAACAUCGUCAAAGAAUGAGAUUAGCAAGUUGACAACUGACUUGGCCAACAUGCAGUCUGAAAUGAAACUGGAGCAGAGCAAACUGAAUGAGGAGAUUAACACACUGAAAAUGGACAACACGGCCAAGGAGAAUGACAUCAACGAUAAGAAGAAUACCAUUCAACAGGUCAAGAAGAUUGGCCGUCGCUACAAGUCACAGUACGAGGAGCUGCAGGCCAAGGUGGAUGCCGAGAAGGAACAGCAAGGCCAGCCCAUUGCCGAGAAGGACGCUAAGAUCAAGGAACUGGAGGAAACGGUGGCCAAGCUGACGGAAGAAAACAAGUCUGUGAAAGAGGCUGAAGAGAAAACAAAGGCGCAACUCACCGAGAGAGACGAGCGGGAAGAGAAGUCAAAAAAGCUGGUGCAGGGAUUGAGGCAGAAACUGGCCCAAGUCAACACCGAACGCAACAAGGCAAACGAGGAGAAGACCAAGCUGCAAUCCACAUUGGAUGAGCUGAGGGGGGAGCUGUCGGCCUUGGAGUCCCUGCAGACCCAGAGCGAGGGGCAGAUGGAGGCCGACAAGAAACAGCUGCAGGAGAAAGUGGAACAGCUGGAGAAGGACCUCAAGCAGGCCAAGGAAAACCAGGAGAAACUUCAAACGAUCCAAAAAGAAGAACAGCAGAAACAACAACAGCAGAAGGUCCAACUUCAAGCCAGGGUCCAGGAAUUAGAAAAGCAGGUUGAGGAACAGCAGAAGCUACUGCAGAUCAAGCAUCUGGCCCCCCAGCAGCCCAUGGGAGCCGAACGACCCAGCACCCGGAGUGAGGAGCCUCCCCCCACCGCCAACAUCAAGCCCAUCUCCUCCCCGGCCCCGACCGUCUCCAAAUCCUCCACGCCCUCGGGCCAGCGCAUGACGGCCAGCGUCCGGCCCAUCGCCGUCACCCCAGUCACCAGCGCCCUGGCGAGCGCCUCGGCUACGCCCAUGGCCACCGUCAUGCCUCAGACCCAGAGCGAAGCCAGCACGGUCGUCAUGGAUGCCGACAGACAGCAAGCGGUCCAAGAACCCCUUUCGGUGGAGACACCUAUCGUCAUCUCCAUUGCAUCGACCACCCCCAUCCAGGCUGUCACUCCUACCCAACAGGCUCCACCCACUGCCGCACCCUACCCCAUGGUGGUGCUGGACGCCCGACCGGAGGGGCCCCAGGAGGAGCGGGUGGAACCCAUGCAGCAGCAGGAGGUCCAGAGACCGGACAACGUGCAGGAGGUCCGGGCCGAACCCCGCUUGCAACCACCCUCACAAGAACCAGUGACUGAACCGGGGAUGGAUAUAGUGGGGGAACAGUCAACGGAAGCCGCAGCAGAGGCAGCCAUCCAGUCUUUGGAUGGAAACCAGACGGAAUCCCAACCACCCAGCCAACAAGCUGAGAGAGAUGUAGAGGAGUUGGCCGAGAUGCCAAAGCCCAGCACCUCGGGAGGAAGUCGGACGGAGCUGAGCCACAAGCGGCAGCGGGAGGAAUCUGGGGAGGACGACAGUGAGGCGGCCGUGGCAGAAGAGACUGCCCACCAGGAGAAACGCCAGCGAGUCACCCCACAACCGCAGCAAGUGAUUGAACAGCCAGACCAGCCUUUGUCUCCUGUUGCCCAGUCCCCAACCCAGGCCGACACGACCACCUCCAGCCUCCAGCAGACGAUUACGCUGCCUCCCGCCGGUGAAGACGAGGCAGGCAGUGGUGUGAGAGUGCCCCCAACCAGCACAGAUGAGUCUGCACAAGAUGAAGCGGGGCCGGAAGACGAUCGGGUGCCGGCACAAGAGACGGGUGAGGGUUUGCUGGAGGCCGAAGGGGAAGACGCCCCACCCUUGGGAGAGGCGGAGGUUGAAGGGGACGAGGAGCCAGAGGAAGGGUUGGACGUGCCAGGCGAGGGCGAGGAACAAGAGGAAGACGAUGACGAUGUUGUCAUCGUCGUUGACAGUGAUGAAGACGAUGUGUCGGAUGAGGAGGAUGAGCAGUCGCCUGGAGACGAGGAGGACAUUGGCGAUGAUGCGGAUGAGGAAGGAGAGGCAGGAGACUAUGAAGACUUUGAGGAUGAGUACCCAGUGGAGGGCGAGCUAGAUUACGGGGAGGGAGAUGGGGAGGAUGCGGAUGAGGACAUGGAGGAUGAAGACGAAGGGGAGGAUGCGGUCUCCAUGGAGGAGCAAGAGGAGGAGGGAGAAAGAGGCGGGAACAGUGAGGAUCAGGUCAUGGACGACGAUGAGGUGGUGGAAAUCAGUGAGGACGAUGAGACAGAAGGGGCGGAGAAUGAGAUGGAAGUGGGCUCCAGCGAUCAGCAGGAGCAGAGCCAGCCAAUGGAAGAGCAUCCACCCCUGCGCUUGCCCAUGCCAGAGCUGAGAGUUGAACCCCCAGGGGACCAGGUCCCCACUUCCCAGGGGCAAGAGACACAGAUUGAAAGGGUGCCAUUCCAGCAUGCCAACGUACCCAGACAGCGCCUGGCAUCGCUCGGCCGGGCCCCGAUGUUUGUUGGAGCUGGGGCGCCCUUCGAUGACAUCGGAGACGACCGCCAGGUGCCAAGCACACCCACCCUGUUCGUGCCGCGCAGGACAGACGGCUUCGCCGAGGCAAUCAACUCCCCUCUCCUCCAAGGGAGGUUCCACUUUGGCGGCUCGGACUCGGAGCCGUCGCGCUCCAUGGCCCCAGCUCUAGCCCAGCUAGCUACCCAGGGAGAUCUAGGUUUGGAUGAUACUCGCAUCAACCUUCUUGGAGGAGACGAAGAUGGGGGUCGCAGUGUGCCGACCACGCCCCUGCAAACGCACGCCCCAGCGACGGUCCUGACGUCCAGCCCCUCCAGCCAGGCCCAGGACUCGUCCCCGGCCAGUCAGGACACGUCCCGCUCCGUGCCGGCCACCUCCAGCGAACCCGGUCCGCCGCAGCUGCAGCAGCAACAGCAGCAGGGGGCCGGGGACCAGGACGAGCCAGACACCCUGCCCAGCGAGGUGCCGCAGUCGUCGCCUGCCCCGCCCGACACCAGCAGCGAGGAGCAGGUCACCCUGCCAACUGCUGAACCCCAGAGGUCCCAAGGCGAAGAAUCGACGAGUGCUGUGCCGAGCGCCGAAGGGGCCGAAUCCAGAGACAGACCGGAGCAAAGCGGUAGCACCGAAUCAGGUCAAGGGGAACGCCCAAAGCCCAAGCGCAUCGUGUGGCAAGACUCGCCGGGCUCGGGCCAGUCACAACAGCGCCCCCAGCAGUCCCGGGGAGGCACAGCCAUCCGGAGCCGUGGCCGGUUCAUACAGCGGUCAUUUCCGCGGGGUGCAAAUGCAGGAACUCGUGGUCGCGGAGGCCGGUUUACGAGAGGGCGAGGCCAGCCGCCCUUCUGAGUAUCUCAUAGGGUGACCCAACACGAGAAAAAAUCCCGUCAGAAAAAAACAAAACUGUCAGAAACUGAACGUCAUGAUGAAGUCUCCAACUUCUGACACUUCCAAGUUCUCCAGUGUUCCUUGGUUACAUGCGCUGUGGUUUAGAAAAACAAAUUGAGUUACUAGGGUCGUUUUCCAAUACUCAACUUUGGCUCUGUCUCAGGCUUCAACUGUUUU